CACUCUCUCACUCUAGCCAUUGCUGUGAACAAUGUAAGCUCUCUUCUGCUUCGCCACCUCCUCCUCCUCUCCAUUUUCCUCCCAAACCACUCGGAAUAAGCCCAAAAUCUCAACUGGGUUUUGCUAAUCCUUGGUGCUCUCCCGUAAAGGAGCCUCCUUUUACCCAUUUCGCUCCCCUCUCCUCGUCUAGGUACUCGUUGAAAUGGGAAACAGGGGACUCCCCUGCUACUUCUCCCUCCUCUUGCUCCUCUUUGCUCCCCUUAGCUGUUCCCAGAGCCAACAAAGCUGCGACUCGAGCGAUUUGAAUGCGCUCCAGGGCUUUGUGGAAGGGCUCCAAUCGAGUGAUCUUGGGUGGAGCUUUAAUGGGAGGUCUUCUUCUCCAGAUUGCUGUACUUGGGUUGGAAUAUCAUGUGAUGUGGGCUCUGUUUUGGUGAAGAGGGUGAUUGGUUUAGAUCUCUCCGAUAAGAGUUUAAAGGGCUCCGUCUCUUCUUCUCUCGGUGGUUUAGACCAACUGAAGCAGCUCAAUCUCUCCAACAAUUCCUUUAAUGGAUCGGUUCCUGUGGAGCUAUUCCGUCUCCCCCAUUUGGAGCUCCUUGAUCUUAGUAUGAACAUGUUAUCUGGGCUUAUCCCCGCGGAAUCGAACCUCCCGUCGAUUCGACUAUUCAACAUUUCCGCCAAUUCGUUCAGCGGCACGCACCCGAUCCUCGCGGGAUCGAGCAAUCUAUCAGUCUACGACGUCAGUUUCAACAGCUUCUUCGGCCCCGUCGAUACAGGUAUCUGCAAUUCCUCCGGUUCCAUUCAACUCCUUCAGUUCUCGGCGAACAUGUUCUCCGGCGACUUCCCCGCCGGCUUUGGGAACUGCAGUUCCCUUACCGAGCUCUCGCUCAGUAAAACCGGCCUCACCGGAACUUUGCCCGAUGAUCUGUUUACACUAUCCUCGUUAUCCCUACUAAACCUCAAGGGGAAUACACUCUCCGGCAUUGUGAGCACAAACAUUCGAAACCUUUCGAACCUCGUUCAUAUAGAUAUUUCCUUGAAUAACUUUUCCGGGGUGAUCCCGGAUGUAUUUGAUAGCCUAAGUGAGCUAGAGUACUUCGCUGCUUUUUCCAAUAAACUCACUGGGGGUUUGCCCCCUUCUUUGUCUAACUGUUCGACACUCGCUCUGCUUAUCCUAAGAAAUAACUCUCUUACUGGAACUAUCGAUCUUAACUUUACGGCCUUGCCGAGGUUAAACGCCCUCAACCUCGCAUCGAAUUUCUUUUCCGGUCGCAUUCCUCCCGAUCUUCCCAAUUGCACGCAAAUGAUGACCUUAGGUCUUGCUAUGAACAAUCUCGUCGGCGAAAUACCCUCCAGCUUCAAGAACUUCACCUCCCUAUACUAUCUCUCACUUAGCGGAAACAACUUCUCCAACUUAUUCUCAGCACUACAAAUUCUACAGAACUUGCCCAAUCUUCGAAACCUUAUACUCAAUACGAAUUUUCGAGGUGGCGAGUCAAUGCCGACGCAAGGGAUUCAAGGAUUCGCUAACAUGGAAGUCCUUAUCAUUGAGAAUUGCGCUCUUUCGGGUUCUAUCCCGCCGUGGUUGGCAAAUUUGACCAAUUUGAAGGUCAUGGACAUUUCCUGGAACCAUUUAACCGGGACGAUCCCUUUAUGGCUGGGAAACCUCGACAAUCUGUUUUACCUGGACAUCUCAAAUAAUUCGCUCACCGGAGAAAUUCCUACAAGCUUAGCGCUUAUGAAGAGUCUCAUGUACAGUAACUCAUCGCAAGAAAGCGUGGCUUCACAAUAUUAUCCUUUCGUCAUCCUGAGAAAUUCCAGUGGAAGGUCUCUGGAAUACAAGCAAUACAGCAGCUUUCCGCCGUCGAUAAUUUUGAGCAAUAACAAGCUUGUUGGGUCAAUCUUGCCCGGGUUUAAUGGCCUUGUGAACCUCCAUGUGCUGGAUUUGAGUUUCAACGAUAUAUCAGGAACUAUACCCGAUUUGUCGGAUAUGUCAAACUUAGAAAGCCUGGAUUUAUCGAACAAUCAUCUUACCGGUGCCAUACCGUCCUCUUUGAGUAGAUUGCAUUUUCUCUCUAGUUUCAGUGUGGCUUAUAAUAAUCUAUCCGGAAAGAUUCCAACAGGGGGUCAAUUUAAUACACUCAAUGAUCCAUCAAUCUAUACUGGCAAUUAUUAUCUCUGUGGACCUCCGACUAAAAACAACUGUUCCGAUGAAGAACCAAACCCUUAUCCUAAACGAGACGACAACAACGGAACUCAUGAGACAAUAUGGUUAUAUCUUGGAAUGGGAUCAGGAUUCGCCACUGGAUUCUGGGGUGUGUACGUUGUCUUCUUAUUCCGAAGAUCGUGGAGGAUUGCUUAUUUUCGAAUGACUGAUAAAUUAUUCGAUGAUAUAUACGUGAUGGUAGUAUUAAGUUGGAGGAGGUUGAACGGAAAAAUUGGCGGACAAAGACCAAUUUCUUGAAGUUGUUUUUCUUUUUUUUUCUUUUUUUUUGAAAGAUAGGUAGCAUGCUAUCCGUUUCGUUUAUUUCAUUUAGAAAUAAACUUAGCUAGAAAUGUGAAUCAACUAGAAUUCGAACUUGGGACUUCGGAUAUCAACCAUUAAGUCCUUUGCCACUCGCUUUAGGGACGGUCGGUAUUUCUUGAAGUUGUUAUUUGUCUACUCUGUCAGUCCUGUGUGUUGCAUGGUGUUUCUUACUUCUAUGUUAUAUUUUGAUAUAAUUAAUUCACAACUUGUCUC